GUUUAUUAAUAUUCAUAUUCACUUGUAUGCUGACAUGCGUGAGUCAGUGCGCUACAUUGACGUUAUAUCUAAGUCAAGGCAAAAUUCAUCAUCAAGAAGAUCAUCAAUAACUUUUUGAACGAACAUAAUACAAAAUUAGAACAAAUAAUUGAAAGCAAAUAAUCUACAAAAUAAUUGAACAAUUUAAAAUACAUUAUAACAAUGUUUUGUAAUGGUCAAUAUUUGGAAAUUAUUAAGGCUUCAAAUAAUUGUUUAGUUACGGUUGUCGUUACUGUUCAAGAAAAGAUAAUAAAAAUUAAAGAAAAAAAAGUUUCUACUAAUAAAUGGCUUAAUCUUGAAGAUUGGAUAGCAUUAUAUAAAAUUUUGGAGAAAGCAAUUUUACGCAAUUUUCAAACAGAAGAAUCACUUCAAAAUUUUAAAAAAUGCAAAUGGAAAAAAUCUACAAGACAACUGGAAGUCACAUACACAUUUGAACCAUCAGAAGGUGUAAAAGAUAUUAUGUCAUUUCCUACAAUUAGAGUAAAUGUAUCUCCUGCAAAAAGAAAAUUGACAAAAUCAGAAUUGCCCAAAGUAAUAACAAAAAAAAAAGAAAUUUGGAAUCAAAUAACAGAAAAUAUAGUUAGAAAAAAUUCCAAUUAUAUUCAUGAAAAAGAUAAUUAUAAUUUAUCAAAAGAACCAGAAAAUAAUGAUUUAGUGAUGAAGGUAUCUAUUGAUGCAAAAAAUGAUAAAAUAAAGAGAUGUUUUCCAAUUGAAAGUAUUAAAAAUGAUAUAUUGGAAGAAUAUGUGCCAAAUGCACCUAUGUCAAAAAAAUUAUGUGCAAAUUUGAAUUAUAUACAAAGCAAUAAAAAUACAUUAAAGCAAAUUCAAAUACUUUCAAAUGAAUAUUCUCCUAUGGUAUCACAAAGUAAAAAAAUAAUGGAAGAAGUACAAUAUAUUCCGAAUUCUAUAAAUUCAUUAGAUAAAUCGUAUGAUACAUAUGAGCCUAGUGCUACAAGUGUUUUGUAUCAUCCUGAAGAAUAUAUUCCAAAUUCAAAAGGUGUAAAAGCAUUCAUUGAAGAAUAUCAUCCAGAUUUCACUAAUAAAACAAUGAAAUUUGAUAAUAGUUAUGUGCCAUCACGUGUUCAAAUAACUAACAAAAACUCCAAAAAAUUAUUUGAAAGACACAAAAAAUUACAAUCAGAAAAACAUAUAUUAAAACAAAAAGAAAUAUUAAAUCUUAAUGAAUUGACAUGACAUCGUGAUUUUUUUAUAUCGGAUUAAUAUCAUUUCUAACAUAAUAGCAGUAUAAGCAGUUUAUAAUAUUCUGGCCUAACUCAUAUAUAUAUAUAUGUAUAUAUACUCAUAUGUAUGCAUAAAGCGUUACAUCCGAAGAUUAAAGAAAAAUAUGAAUGAAAAAAAAUAUAUUUAUUUAUUAAAAAUAUUUUAAUAAAUAAUAAAAGUAAAUGUGGACUAAAAUAUAUAAAGAUCAGAAUA